AAAGUGCUGGGCGCGCGCCUCCCGCCGCCGCACUUUCACUCUCCGCCGCCGCGUCCUCUCCGCGUCCGGCCUCCGUCUGCCCGCCGCCUGCCCGUGCCAUGGAUGCCAAGGUCGUCGUCGUGCUGGCCCUCGUGCUGGCUGCGCUCUGCCUCAGCGACGAGAAACCGGUCAGCCUGAGCUACAGAUGUCCUUGCCGAUUCUUCGAGAGCCAUGUUUCCAGAGCCAACGUCAAACAUCUGAAAAUCCUUAACACUCCGACCUGUGCCCUUCAGAUCGUGGCAAGGCUGAGGAACAACAAUAGACAAGUGUGCAUUGACCCGAAACUGAAGUGGAUUCAAGACUACCUGGAGAAAGCUUUAAACAAGGGGCGCAGAGAAGAAAAAGUGGGGAAAAAAGAAAAGAUAGGAAAAAAGAAGCGACAGAAGAAGAGAAAGGCUGCUCAGAGAAGGAAAAACUAGUUAUCUGCCACCUCGAGAUGGACCGCAGUGCCCUCUGCUCCUGUCUCUCCCGGCGCUUUGUAAAUUUGCUCUCACCCUCUUCCAGGGCACACCCCCUGCCUCCUGGGCGGCCGCUCAGACUUCCAUGGGGGAGCAGCGCUUUGCCGCCCCUGUGGCCAUACUGGCUCCUGUAUUUAUACGCUUUUUAAGGCCCUUCCUGACCUGCUAAGUUAUGAAGAAAGUAGUUGUGCAGAGACUGGGAUUGGGGUCUGUGACACGGAAACCAUGUGCUCAGGACUCUCUAGAGUGGCCUAGGACUCUAGAAUGGCCGGGGGUCUCCAGCAUUGCUCUGGGCUGCUGAGCCUCCCACCCUGCCCUCCACUCCCUCUCUUAGAAGGCCCAUGAUCGCUCAGGAGCUCACACAGCUCCACACACUUAAGUCUGCAUUCCUGUCUGAGACCAGGAUGUGGCCGCCUGGCUGGUGCACAGAGCAGUCUGCUAGCCCAGCAGCAGGACCCCUGCCAGCAAGGGACAUGUGCCUUAUGCCCUCAUUCCCCACCCCCGGUGCUGCCCAGCUCAGCCUUGUUGGGGCAGAGCUGGCUGUGGCCAUGCCAUUUGCAGGUGAUAACUGACUCCUUUUCCCAAGUGCCUGUUGCCUGGCCCUCCACCACUCUGCCGCCUGGGGUGGGACUUCUCCAACACGCCCCCCGCCCCCCGCAGGCCUGGUGCUGUGUGAGUGGCUUUACCUCCAAGCACAGGUGGGUUUCUGCACACCUUGUGGGUAGAGUGGGUGGGAGCUCUGCACUCACAGAGAGCAGGUGUGGAAACGCUUCUCAGGGAGCCUCUUCGCUGGGCAGUUCAUUUUGUAGAUUCUUUAAACGGGUCCGCGAUGGACGUGGAGGAACUGUGUGCAGGGCCUGCAGCUCUGGGGACUCCUAGCCUAUCGCCCUCCCCCCUUUCUGCUAGAGGGUCUCCAUGACUCUGUGCUAUUAGGUUCCGGAACACAGCUGCCUCCAUUCUCACUCAUGGGAAACAUCUGCCUAAAGUGAACGUGGUUUAAGUUCUAGAACUUUCCUCCCCGACCCACAGAUUUAUUGUCUGAGAUUUCUUGCCAAGUCUCUCUAAUUUGGACCGGAAGGAGGGGGAUCACAUGGGAAAGCAAGGCUCUGAUUUCAGUAGUGCUUUGAUAAAGGGCACCUUGAAUGUCCACUCUUCUCCCCAUCCCCCGUCGCACAUAAACAGACACUCACCCUGCACCCGUGAGCCCUGGGCAUAAUUUCAGUACAUGGAUCCAGAAAGAUGAAAUGGUUGGAGGACAGAGCAGACGGAUUUCAGGAGAAGAAAACCUCAGGUCCCUGCCUGUCGUCCUCACCUGGAUCCCACAGCCUGUGUCUCCCUCAAGCUUUAGUGUACUCCUUCAUGGUUACAGCAUAGAGAAUUAUGGCCAUUCCUUUUCCCCAUUGGAGAAGUGUCCCCCUAGGGUCCUGCAGCCAAAGACCUUUUGUUUCCCACUGCCAUCUCUUUUCUCUGGCUACCUCUCCCAGCCUGAGACCCUCUGGCCAGCACUCGGAAUAGCAGGCCUGCUUCUGGGUGUGCGGGGUGCCCACCUCCUCCUGCCCUCCCAACCUCUGAAGGCAUCUGAGUGCUUGCUGGGCUGCCCAGGGCUGCCGUCCUUCCUGUGGGAGCCAGCAGCAAUUUUGGUCUGUGUGACUUUGGCUUAACUUUA